CUCAGCUUUUCUGCCUAUGGAAUGAUCGAAUUGCUCGACUUGGACGCCUUCAGUCUUGCAUAGGAGUCAUGCCCCUCACCACUUCGCAGUGCCCUUGGCCUUCCGAGUGUAGUCAAGGAACUCUUCAGGAAAAAGUGUACGUUGACCAUAUUUUGGUGACGACUGGGAUUUUCCCGAGCUCAGGGGCGCUACGAUCGCAGUCUUCAGGUAACUUGCAGAAGCUCUUUUUCGCAUCGACCAGUGAGUCCAUGCAUUCGGGCCGGCAGCUGACGCAGGAAGAUCAGAAUGAGAAUCUCAGCGAGGUGGUCAACGUGGGGCAUCGGAACACUAAGUACAUGAAGUUCCAAUAUUCCAAAGCUCCUCUUCCAGGUCGUGGUGCCUGUAGGUACACACAGGAUCAUAGCCUUCAUCCAGUGGGCGAUAACGUGAUCAACAGCAACUUCGCAGCGAGCAUGAAGGCCAAGCCGUUAGUGGCCUUGCCCGCCUACACAAAGGGUACUCUGCAUGCGGACUCCUGGCGCACCUUCAGCCACGGCGAGAUGCAUGACUCCAAGCCGGGGCUGGCGUUCUACAGUAUGGGCAAGACGAAUACGCUCAAAGAGAUCGGAGCAAGAAUGGAUACGCUCUCCCAUGCGCAACGAAAGCAUCAUGGCAGGAGUGAAGACUUCUGCCGCCCUGAGAGUGCGCCCCCUGGCAUCGACAACCUGUAUCUGCAUGGGCGAGGCGGUGCUCUGGGAUCCUCGCUGCGAGCAGGCGAUUGCUACAGCACCUCCAACCAGAGCCAGUUCUGGGACUUCCGAUUUUCGGCAGAGCGGCCGAUGACCAGCUCUGGGGACUAGAUGCGAGUGAGGCUUGCUUGCUGAGAGCGCGAGAAGGAAUGCUAGAAUCCUGCCUGAUAUGGGCGUGGGUCAAAAAUCAGUUCCCA